CCGUCCUUCUCCUCCCCGCCGCCUUCCUUCUCCCCCACCGCGCGCAUUCACCAUGGCCAUCCAGGGCACCUUCCACAACAUCCGGGUCUACUGGCUCGCGUUCGUCGUGUAUUGGGGCAUCGUCCUCUUCGGUUAUGACACCGGUAUCGGCGGUGGCGUGGUCUCCAUGAACUACUUCAAGGAACACUUCGGCCUCAUGAACCCGGACGGGACGCCAAACAAAAAGAAGGCCAACGACGUUUCUUCCAACGUUGUCUCAGUGCUCCAGGCCGGUGCAUUCUUCGGGGCGUUGGGUAGUGCGCCCAUCUCAGCCGCGAUUGGUAGGAGAUGGACACUGUUCGCGUUCACCCUCGUCUUCAGCCUCGGUGCAAUUCUGCAAACCGUCGCUGGUGGCUCGCGCGGCCUGGGAUACAUUUACGCAGGACGUGUUAUUGCAGGUAUCGGCAUUGGCGCCAUCUCCGCCGUCGCGCCCGCGUUCGUGUCCGAGUGCUGCCCCAAGGACGUCCGCGGGCGUAUUACCGGCCUGUUCCAGAUCAUGGUCGCCGUCGGCGUCAUGCUCUCGUACUUCAUCAACCUGGGCGUCGGGCUGCACAUCAAGACGGGACCCAACGUCUGGCGGAUCCCCUUCGGGCUGCAGCUCGCGCCCGCUGGGAUCAUGGCAUUCGGACUGCUCACCUUGAAGGAGUCUCCACGGUGGCUCGCGUCAAAGGGCCGCAUCGACGAAGCCAUCACUAACCUCGCCUACCUCCGCAAGCAGGAUGUCGACGACGAGGAGGUGCGCGCCGAGAUGGCAGAGAUCGAGGCCGCGAUCCAGGAGGAGCGCGAGGCGCGCAAGGGUUUGGGCUUGCGCGAGGCGUUUUUCGGGAAGGGCAACUUCAUUCGGUUCGUUAUCGCGGUCGUGAUCUUCAUCCUGCAGCAGUGGGGCGGCCAGAACUCGGUCAACUACUACGCGCCGCAGAUCUUCAGCUCUAUCGGAUACACGGGCACGUCGAACUCGCUGCUCGCGUCGGGCAUCUACGGCAUCGUGAAGGUCGUCGCGACGGCGCUCUUCGUGUUCCUCCUCGUCGACUCGCUCGGGCGCAAGCUGUCGCUCUUCAUCUCCUCCAUGGGCAUGGGCAUCCUCUUCUUCAUCAUCGGCGCGCUGCUCAAGACGUACCCACCGCCCGCGCACGCCGUCAAUCCGCCCUCGGCGAGCAAGGCGAUGGCCGCGAUGCUGUACCUCUACGUGUGCUUCUACAGCAUGGGCUGGGGCCCGCUCCCGUGGGUGUACGUGUCGGACAUCUUCCCGACGCGGACGCGGCAUUACGGGCUGGCGACCGCUUCCGCCUCGCAGUGGCUUUUCAACUUCGUGCUGUCGAAGGUGACGCCGACCCUCGUGAGCGACCUCGGAUACAAGAUUUUCCUGAUGUUCGCGACGAUCAACAUCGGCGCCAUGGCCACCUUCGCUCUACUCAUCCCUGAGACGAAAGGCCGCUCGCUGGAGGAGAUGGACAUCAUCUUCGGCUCGGUCUCCGCAGACCAGCGGCAAGCAGACAUCUCGAAGCGGGAGCAAGCACUCGAGCACGAAAAGAACGAGACGAGGUCGGAGCGGUCGGUCGACAACAAGGUCUGACGCCUGCGCUCGUACAUUCCACUCGGGUCCUUGUCCUGCUCCGUGUCUGUCGCAUUGUAUUGUAGUGAUUGCUGCCAUGCGCUAGUUCCAUAUCCCUUACGCAUAUACGAUCUCCACCCUCGUGCGCCCCUCCCUUCCCCCCGCUGUGGGCUAGGGUAGGCACGUCCAUCCCAACACGUAAUGACCGUUACUGUUCUCCCUGUCAUGCUCUGACGACUGCACGCGCGUUCCAUGGACGGCACACUCCGUGUCUUCUGUAGUUUGUUUGUCUGUACUUUGUUACGGUUGUUGUAUAUUAGUGGUUUCGACUCUC